GAGUGUUUUCGCUCUAAAGAAGCGCCAGCUCUCAUUGAAUGAGCCAAGAUUUAAAGUAGCCUUCGUUUUCCAUUUAAUUCCUAUUAUUGGAAAGUUUAAUUAUCCGCUGUUUGCAUUGGCGGACAACGCCUAAGCUUUUGGCUUUUGGUUUAAGGUUACGGUUAACGAGAGGAGGCAGGCUGGCGCAGGUCGUAGGUUGCUCCUGGAUCAUGAGAGACAGUGGCAGCAGCCUGGCUCAAACACACUGGUCCAAUGAGCUGACGCUGACCGCAGGGCAGGAGGGUGCUGGUGGUGGGGGUGCCAUUGGAGGUGGCCAUUUACUAAACCCGGCCAUGGCCCAACAUGCCCCGAGCCCAGCCCACUUCAAACUGGGCCGCAGAGAGGAGGACGCCAGGAUAUGGGGUGCAGAAUAUACCAUCCCUGAGGUGGAAGAAGAGGACGAGGAGGAAGAGGAGGAGGAGGGGGACGACACUGUUGAGAUGGAGAGUGAAGAAGAUCUGGUGGACAAGAAAGCUGAGGGUGGUUUCCAGUGUAAUGAUAAAGGUGACAAUGGGAAGUGGGGCUCAUCAGAGUACCCACAGCUAGUGGAAAUGGAUGUCAGCGUUACAGGUGACUUUACCCACUGCUUGGUCCAGACUAGACCCAGUCCACUCAAAGAGAGAAAGCUAUCCCGGUUGCGGUAUCGGGGUCAAAGGUGUGUAAGCAUUCACAACCGUUUGGCCCAGCAAUGGAGAGCUUGGCGCCAACGAGCCAAAUGGGCAGGAACUAUGGGAUACAGGAGAGUACGCAGAUUACAGAGACGCCGGCUCUUUGCCAAUCGACCUUUCCAGAGACUGCCUGGCAGUUCAUUGUUAAAUGGAGACCCAGAAAGAAGUUCUGGGACAGCAGUGGAGAGGGGAGCUGAUUUAUCUGACUCCUGUAGCACAAAUGGAGUUCUGAGAGGAAGGGAUGGUAUCCAUGGAGCAACCAUGGGGGACAGGGAGGGACGGGCCUCCCCUGCUAAUGUCCAGUCUCAGCGGGAAAAGUCCUCCCCACAGAAUCUGCUUAGCAGUGGACACAUUUCUUGUAUACAAGGUAUUCUGGAUGAGUUUCUCCAGCAGUUUGGCAGUUUGAUUCCCAUCCACGUAGAUGAGGUGGUGAAGAAGCUUCAGGAGAUCUUCAACGAGAGCUUCUCAAGUCCUCACAGGAAGGUAAUGGUGCAACAUAUAAUGCAGUCGUACCAGCGCAUGUCUGGAAGUGCAGUGAUGCGGGGGUUUCGUGUAAAUUACAAACGCCAUGUCCUCACCAUGGAUGAUCUGAGCACACUCUAUGGCCAGAACUGGCUCAACGAUCAGGUCAUGAAUAUGUAUGGGGAUUUGGUCAUGGACGCUGCCCCUGAAAAGGUCCACUUUUUCAACAGCUUCUUUUAUGACAAACUUCGGACGAAAGGUUACGAAGGGGUCAAACGGUGGACAAAAAAUGUUGAUAUUUUCCAGAAGAAGUUCUUAUUGAUCCCUAUUCACCUGGAAGUGCACUGGUCCUUAGUGUGUGUCAAUGUUCCUCAGCGUAAAAUCGCAUACUUUGAUUCCCAGAGGACCCUCAACCGUCGAUGCCCCAAAUUUUUGUUUUUACAGCACAUUGCCAAAUACCUGCAAGCAGAAGCAAUCAAGAGAGAACAGAAGGAGUUUUACACGGGGUGGAAAGGCUAUUUCAAAAUGAAUGUGGCAAGGCAGAACAACGACAGUGAUUGUGGAGCUUUUGUUCUUCAGUACUGUAAGUGCCUGGCCCUGGAACAGCCUUUCAGCUUUGGUCAGCAGGAUAUGCCCAAGCUACGGAGACAAAUGUACAAAGAACUGUGUCACUGUAAACUGUCUCUGUGAGACCGUGAGAAGAGCAAGGGAGAACCAUGACAUCUUACACUAUUAAAUAAGCUCCAGGUCCAGACAGCAUUUAGACGGGAGACGUGCAAACGUUUUAACCCCCUCUUUUUGUUCAAUGACUUUGUAUUUUGACUUGGUGAGGGCUGUACUCUGGUUGGCCCAGUUGUUCAUUUCUUUGGAUCAAAACGCAAGAGGAGUUGGUUUUUUAGAAAUGGGAGGAGGAGUCGACCUCAGAGAACUGUUCAUUAGGUGCCGCCAUUUUGUUGGCAUUUUUAUUUUUCAUGUUCUUGAUGUCAGUAACUUGUAUGCUAAAAGGUAAUACCAUUGACUGGUGAGGGAGGACACUUGCAGACAUUUUAAAAAUGUUAUGCAAUAUUCAUAUACUGAGAGUCGAUAUGGACCACGACACUAUAUGAGGAUUUUUGUUUGUUCAAUAUUGUUUGUCUGUCAUGUAUCUGUGCGAUUUGAGAUGCAAACUUAU